AUGCCUCGCCAAUUCUUCGUCGGUGGUAACUUCAAGAUGAACGGUGUUGCUGAGAGCAUCACCAACAUCGUGAAGAACCUCAACUCUGCCAAGCUCGACAGCAACACCGAGGUUGUCAUCUCUCCUCCCGCUGUGUACCUCACUCUCACCCGCAGCCUGGCCGACCCCAAGAUCGGUGUUGCCGCCCAGAACGUCUUCGACAAGCCUAACGGUGCUUUCACCGGUGAAAUUAGCGUUGAACAGCUGAAGGACACCAAGAUCGAUUGGGCUGUCAUUGGCCACAGCGAGCGCCGUGUCCUCCUCAAGGAGUCCGACGAGUUCAUUGCCCGCAAGGUCAAGGCCGCCGUCGAGGGCGGCCUCUCUGUCAUCUUCUGCAUUGGUGAGACCCUGGAGGAGCGUGAGGCCAACAAGACCAUCGAGGUCGUCACCCGCCAGCUGAACGCUGCCGCCGCCGAGCUCAGCAAGGAGCAGUGGGAGAAGGUUGUUAUCGCCUACGAGCCCGUCUGGGCUAUCGGUACCGGUAAGGUCGCUACUACCGAGCAGGCGCAGGAGGUUCACGCCGCUAUUCGCAAGUGGCUCGGUGAGGCCAUCUCCCCCAAGGCCAAGGAGGACGUCCGCAUUAUCUACGGUGGCUCCGUUAGCGAGAAGAACUGCCGCGAGCUGGCUACCCAGCCCGAUGUUGACGGCUUCCUUGUUGGCGGUGCCAGCCUGAAGCCAGCUUUCGUCGACAUCAUCAACGCCCGCAUCUAA